AUGAAGUUUGGUCGAGUCGCUGGUCAUGAGCUUGAGACACUAUGCGCGGCUUUGAAGAAGAUCCUGUCUCGAAAAGCAACCCACUCAGCAGCAUUUAUCUUAGCGCCAUACUUGGUAUCUGACCGUGUACUUCACGGCAUUCGUGGUGAAGUGCGACUGGAGGAUAAGCUUGACGCCAAAGGGGUGAUGUCCUAUGCCGACUGGAAGAAAGGCUCAGCGAUCUUCAGCGGCCAUCGCGCCUACGAUCCAGAGGUCUCAGUGUCCCAGAAUCUGAAUGUGACUGACUACCCAAUGAAGUUUGUCAGCGUCUCCGUGGAUUCGUCCCAACGUGGAGUCAAACAAUUCAAGUUCAACCUUCCGAACAAUGUCAGGCUGAUGUACCAUCAGGACCCUUUGAGGGCUGGUGAAUGGAAGAACCUGAUCUCAGACUUCGAUUCAAAGCUCCCUAUAUUUGCUAUCAGUACUCACUGUCAAGUUUUAGGUUUUAUUCCAGAAAGGACCCCUCUUGUACUCUUUAAGGUUAUAAACCAACCACUGAUGCACUGA